AUGUGCAAGAGGCGGCAGCAGCGGCUGCACGCCGUUGCGGUGCGCGUGGGGCGGUUGAACGAGGACGAACAGAGCACUGCGCGCUCCCCCCGUGCGUCGCUGGGCUUCUCCCCGCUGCGACCCACCAAGCCCGUGAGUCAGCCGCGCAGCAACACGCCCACGCCCACGCACGUCAUGGGUGCACGCGCUGCUGCCACCACCGCUACUGCGCCGAUCGCUGCUGUCACCAGCGCCGUUGUGAAGAGUGCUGCUGCCAGCAGCGCUGCUGUUAACACAGCUUCCGUGAAGAGCGUUCCUGUUAAGGCCGCAAUUUCAGCACCCAAGGGAACGCGUGCAUCUGCAGCUGCACCAGACAAGGCUGCUGCUGCUAGAAGCGUUGCUGCCAAGCCUGCAGCUGCAGCAGCCAAAGGAGCGCCAGCCAAGGCCACUCGUGUGACGCCUGCUGCUGCUAAGAGUGUUGCUGUUAAGAGCAGCCCAGUGGGGUCGGUGCCAACAAAAGCAGCAGGAGAGAAGGCGAGGGAGCAGGGCAAUGGGAGGGCAGCACACACAGCGGUGCGUGCAGCAGCAGGGAAGGCUUCGUUGGGAGGGGUGGAGGCAGCAGGAGGGCGAGCAGCAGGUGUGGGGUCGGGUUCAGGGCAUGGUGGCGGUGGUGCGACUCUAAUCCCUAAGCCUGGGCAGAGCAGGGCAGCGCACACGGCUGCAGCGGCUAAGGCAGUGCAGGCUGCGCCUCACAGCACUCGUAAACCGGCUGCUCCAGCAGCAGCAGUGGCCUCCACUCGCAUUCCCAAGCCACGCACAGCAGCAGCCAGUGGCAUUCCUAAGCCACGCAGCGCAGCACCCAAGGGAAGCAGAGAGGUGGAGGAAUGUGGUGAGCUGGAGGGCGGCCUGUGGGGAGGCUGGUGGAGAAGCUGA